UGACACAAAUCUGAAAAUAUUUUUGAAAGUGCUAUUUUUUUUUAAAUGCAUUUUUAACUUAAUGGGAAAGUUGGGAGUCGAUGGCCCAGCCCUCAACCCCAUGCUUUCAUCUUCCCGCCUAGCAGACGCCAUGGCUAAUGAAUCUCUACUACAAGAAUUGGGACUCGGAGCCUACGUGCCUUUCUCUUUCUCUUCCCGGCAAUAAAGCCAGUAACAAUCGUAAGGUCAAAUACCCAAAAACAGAAAAUGAAAUCAACGACGGACAUAGUGAAGAAACGCUUCCUAGGGUUUCUCAUAUGGCAAUCAGUCCACUCUACUAUCAUCUUCAUCCUCUUCACAACCACUCUCUCUCAAAAUGGCAUCGUUUCACUACCUUCCCUCCUCACCUGCCUUUCCUUCCUCACCUUCCACCUCUCCCUCCUACUCUUCUCCGCCUCCCUCUCCUUCAUCUCCUCUCCCUACUACGACCGUCCCUCUUCCCCUUACGACCUCGCCCUCGGCCUCCUCCGCUUUCUCUUCUCCGGCCAGUCUCAGCCCCAUGGCUUUCUCCGCCGGGCCAGGGUUUUCCUGGGUCUGUUCGGGUUUUUGCUGGAGGCGGCACUGGCCGGCACGGUGGCGCUGGUGUCUCUGUGCAAGUCUGAGUCGUGUGGUGGAGUGGCGGUGGUGGGGUUGAGGGGUUUUGGAUUUGGCUUGGUUUAUGGGAUUUAUUAUGUGUUCAAGCGGCGCUGGGUUUUGGAGUUUCCUAUCAUUCAGCGUCCCCUUUUCUUUAGCUUCAAAAUGGGUCUCCCUUCAGCUAUUGGACAAGCUGUAAAGCUUUCUGCUGCAGCAUACAUAUUUUCGGGUGUGCUGAUACUAUUUCUGCAAGAUCAGUUUGGGAGUCAUAUUAAAAUGGGAAAUUUCAUUCUUGAACAGAUCAUAUUUUAUGUUGGAAUUUUUUCAGUGUGUCUCUGUUGGGAAUUAAGUCACCAUCUGCAUCAGGUGAUGCAUACAAAGAGGUAUAUAUUUGCACCACCAAAAGGAUCAGCGGCAGCAGAAACAAAUCCAAGUGAACCUCUCUUGGCAGCUCUAGAGGAGAGCACUCCAAAAUCUCUUCCUCGGUAUCUUGCAUAUCUUGAUCUGUGUAUGGUUUGUGACAAUAAUGUUGAUAGCUGGCGCCGAGCUGCCUUCUUUGAAGAAACUGGUGAAACUUACAAAAAAGUUGUAGCUGUGUGCCUGAGGCCUCUGGAACAUCUUGCAUCUAAUUUUGCUGAAGGCUUGGAAAGUUCUUCUGUUGAUAAAACUUACCAACAAUCCAGUCAGUUACAGUUGCCAACUGUCUCAGAACGAGACUCAAGGUUCUCUGAACCAUUUAGCAACAUCCAGCUAUGUGCAUGGUGUUCCUGGGCAGUUGCCUCACUUACUGCUCGUUCACACAAGGAGGAUAGGUUUGGGGUUGCUCAACUUUCCGGCAGUAAUGCUGCUGUUAUAUCAACCCUGUUAUCUUGCCUGCUUGCUGUUGAAACGUUCCUGGGAAAGAAGACCAGCUUGCAGUCCCCCAAUGCUCUGAUGGGACCGGCUGGUAUCAAAUGGGCCACAGUGACCACAGCAAGAAGUGACGCGGCAACCAGUGUUGUGGGUAAAAAGAGAGGUUUCCCACUACACUCACAAGCUUAUGCCAUUGCUGAUGUUUUAAGAACUUCAAUCUACUGCAUUGUCUCUGUUUUUCAUGAGGAAAUGUUGACUGGCGCUAAAGCAGGACUACUUGAGAAGGAUUGGAUCAUCGGUGGCAAACCUCUUUAUGGAACCCGCGAACUCCUUUUGCAGAAACUGCAUCUUUUCCUGGAUUUCCGAGCUUGCUAGAUGCAUGAUCUCUCUUCCCUGUCAACAGAAAAAUUAAUAGACCUCGGUUGGGAAUCCAAAGAAGUGAUGGGAAUUCCUAUUCAGUUUGGAAGAUAAAAAGAAGAAUUUCUUUGUUGUGGUGUUAUAUUAUGCAUUGACUAGAUUAGAAGGUUGAAUAGCGAGAAAUGAUAUCCUUCUUAUCCAAGUUUUGUUAUUUGGUUCUGGGAUUAUCAUAUGGUUCAGAAGCCUAUAAUUAGAUCUAAUUUGCUCCUUUCCCCUUUUUUUCCUCGAUCAUUUUUCAUGUUUGUUGUAAUGGAUGGAUGAGAGUAUGGAAUAUCAUAGUGAAGGACAACUGAUGACUUAAAGAGAACUUGGAAGUGAUGCAGAGGUGAACUCUCAGCAGUAACUCUCCUCAAAACAACUGAUUGAAAUCAAUCCUUUUUGUUCGUCAAUUGCAGACAAAUCAGUCUGGCUGAGGCAAAUAUGAACAUUGUGGGAAAGCUUUGAUCUCUUGACUCUCUCAGGCUGGAAAGAUAAAAAUCAUAUUGAUUUUCAGGGAAGUUUUCUCUCAGAGGCUGUAGGGUGGGUAUACUUUGUCAGAACCAUUUAUUUGUGUGAUUGAUGAGCUAUAUUGAUCAUAUGAGAUUUACUGUUUUCAAA